UGUUGAAGACAGCUGACACGUGAGAAGCGUUUCAGCAGCACUGCAUGGCAACCCAGAGAAAUCCAGUUUUUUAACAUGCACCUGUGCAGCGCGACGCAUUUCUCUGAGCUCAUGAACACGCAACCUGGUUAAAACAGGAAGUCUGCUGUGCUCUGAAUCGACAGCGAACUGGAAAUGUUACGAAGACUCAACAACCCGCUUUCUGCAGCCUCUUGACUUGUAAACCGCCUUCAUCGAAUCACAAAUCGACACUCUUUAUUUAAAUCGAAUGCACUAAAUUGUCACUUGCACUGGCAGUAGUAAACAGUAGUGAAAUCCGUAUGGCGAGCAAAGAGGAGGCGUGGCAUGACGCUAGAGUUCCAUAUUGACAGGAAAACUCCCCAAAUUUGGAGCUGCUUCCUGUAGUCUCCGGGUCACCAUGCUGCGUCUGUUCCGCGUGCUGGAGCGUUUACGCGCGUGUACCGAGGUCCCCGCGCGUAACCGACACUGGACCAAAAUCGCCGAACUGUCAGUGAGAUUCUCCAGUACCAAAGCGGCUCCGCGGUUCCGAAGAAUGGACUAUCAGGAUGCGAUUUGCACCCUUAACACCCUCCAGACGAACGCCAGCGCUCUGGAGCAGGUGAAGAGAGAGAGAGGUCAUCCUCAGCUCCAGCUGCAGGCCAUGAGAGGCUUCCUCCAGCGUGCAGGACUCAAGGUAGAAGAACUUGAUCGUCUCAAUAUUAUUCACGUAACUGGAACAAAAGGAAAGGGUUCAACAUGUGCCUUUACAGAACAGAUUUUGAGAAACUAUGGCUUGCGGACUGGAUUCUACAGUUCACCUCAUUUGGUACAAGUGAGAGAGCGAAUCAGAAUCAACGGGCAGCCAAUAGGAAAAGAGCUUUUCACCAAAUACUUCUGGCAGGUGUAUUGUCGACUGGAGGAGACAAAGGAUGCUCAUGGCGGCAGCAUGCCUGCUUAUUUCCGCUUUCUUACCAUCUUGGCCUUCCAUGUCUUUCUGCAGGAGAAGGUUGAUUUGGCCGUCAUUGAGGUUGGGAUUGGUGGAGCAUAUGACUGCACCAAUAUUAUCAGGCGUCCUUGGGUGUGUGGCAUCUCCUCUUUGGGGAUAGAUCACACCAGCAUACUAGGAGACACCAUUGAGAAAAUUGCCUGGCAGAAAGGAGGGAUUUUUAAGCCAGGAGUUCCUGCGUUCACAGUCAAACAGCCUGAUGGGCCGAUGAAGGUGCUUCAAGAACGAGCAGAAGAAACUGGGUGUUCGUUGUCGGUGUGUCCUGAUCUGGAGGAGUAUGAGAGCGAAGGUUCACUCAGGUUGGGUCUAGCUGGUCAACAUCAGCACAGUAAUGCUUCUCUGGCUUUACAGCUCUCACACACCUGGCUGCAGAGACAUUUCCUGUCUGUUUGUUCCUCAGAUCCUGCAUCAUCAUCUCCGGUAGAGUUCAGCAGUGUGAGUCCAGCUCCAGCCUUCCAGCCCAGUCCUGUAAUGAUCAAAGGUCUUGCAGAGACUGAGUGGCCUGGCCGCAAUCAGACACUAAAACAUGGUCCUGUGAUGUAUUUCCUGGAUGGAGCUCAUACCACACGCAGCAUGCAGGCCUGUGUCCGCUGGUUCAAUGAUGUCACACCACAACAUGAGAGAAACGCAGGUGGUUCAGUGGUGAGGGUCCUCUUAUUCAACGCUACGGGAGAGAGAGACUGUGCUGCUAUGCUCAAACUGCUCGUACCCUGUCAUUUUGAUUUUGCCGUGUUCUGUCCGAACAUCACGGAGGCCAUAGCCACCUGUAAUGCAGACCAACAGAACUUUAACGUUUCUGUGGAGAACAUGCUCACACGAUGCCUGGACAACCAGCAGAGCUGGCGCGUUCUGAAUGGCCAGGCGGAGAAGCCAGAGGCGGAACUUCUGAUCGGAGGCGGUUUGCCAUUGGUUGCGGAACGCCACAGUGACACGCUGGUGUUCCCCUGCAUCCUCAGCGCCCUGCAGUGGAUCAGUCAAGGAAGAGACUCGGUUCUGUCAGACCCAAACAAAUGCAUCAUACCCGUUAAACCAAGCAUAAGCGCGAAAGCUGCGCCACUACGAGAAGCUGUAAACAUACACGUCCUCAUCACAGGUAGUUUACACCUGGUGGGAGGGGCUUUGAAACACUUGGACCCUGCUUUAAACUCAUAAUGGACAUAUGCAUGUGUCUGCAGUGCCAGACAUACAGCCAAACACAGGAAGUGCGCCACCUAGUGCCUGAACCUUCAGUCCUGGUACUUGUAGGAGUAGCUCACCCACAAAUUAAAAUGUGCUGAAAGUUUACUCACCCUCAGAACAUCCAAGAUGUAGAUGAGUUUGUUUAUGCAUCAGAUUUGCAGAAAUGUAGCAUUGCAUCACUUGCUCACCAGUGGAUCCUCUGCAGUGAAUGGGUGCCGUCAGAAUGAAAGUCCAAACAUCUGAUAAAAACAUCACACAAGUAAUCCAAGAUUACACACAAGAUUACUUGUGGAUUAUUGUGAUGUUUUUAUAAGUUGUUUGGACUCUCAUUCUGACGGCACCCAUUCACUGCAGAGGAUCCGUUGGUGAGCAAGUGAUGCAAUGCUACAUUUCUGCAAAUCUGAUGAAGAAACAAAUUAAUCUACAUCUUGGAUGACCUGAUGAUGACUAUAUUAUCAGCAAAUUUAACAGUUCAGUCUUAAAAGAUUCACUGCAAAUCAUGGUUGCAAUCUUUUUUUCUAGUAUCCAUGCAUUUUACAUCCUGAAGAAGCAUUGGACCAGUUCAUCGGUUUAUGUAAAAUAGCACAUAAAUCCAAAUCUACUUGAGCUCUUUAUGUUUACUUUAUUGGGAUACUUUAAUUUGAAGUACUUAAAGUGCAUUCAUUUCAUUGAUUUGUGUAAGCUUCUUUAUUGCACACUACAAUUUUGAUGUUUUUAAACCGGAUUUUUCAUUCAUGACAUUGAAAGUCAGGUUGCCUGAUCAUCAGUAUUUGUUUUUUUAUUGCACCAAAAUAACUGUGCCAUAUAUAAAACACUGUUCUCUAAUAAUGUAAUAUUAAUGUGUGAUUUCUAACACAGGUUAGCAUUCAUAAGUGGAUGCAAAAUGAUAUUCGAAGCAUGUUCGAAACACUGUGGUGCCCACAUCCGUUCAUAGUGAAUAAAAAUGUUCAAUGUAUUGUUCGUGUGUAUAUACAUUAGAGGACUGGAGGUGUAUAAAAAUAGUCAAAUAUGACUUUUUGUUUAGAAUAUUAAUGUAAUUUAAUUUUUUGUAGCAUUUUAUGUGCUGUAGUUUACAGAAGAGUGUGUAGUCUAGAUACAAACUAUUAUUUUCAAAAUUGUUUUGGGAUAAUUUUGUUAGAUAUGAAAGAUUGGAUAAUUAUUAUAACAAAAUGUGGCUAAAUAUUAGUUUUGAUCAAUAAAGAUUAUACCACUCUUGUCUUAAAGUGCCAUGGGGUGCUAUUAAAAAUCUCUGAGUACUGUACAUACCAGAUGGAAAAUGAAUAAAAAUUUAAAACAAAA